AUGUCUAAGCGACACUGGUGUUAUGGUGUCUUUAUUUGUAUUGCAGGUGGUGCAGCUGUUUUAGUACUUGCUAUUGCUAUUGGUGUUGGUGUGUAUAUCCAUCAGUUCUGUGGAACACAGACUUCAAACUCCAGAUCAGCACUUCAGAUUUUCCAGGAUGAGUUUAAAAGACUCCAAGAAGAUUUUCCUGAACAGAGUCAGAAUUUGUGGUUAAGAAGUGGAAAAAUGAUGACAAAUCAUCUGAACAAAUCUCAUCCCGAUGAACCCGCUACUAUCAUCCUCACUGCAGCCCAAGAUGCCAAACACACUUUACUAUGUUUAGCUAGUGGUCUAGCACAAACCUAUGCUUUUGCCCUCAAUUCCAGUUGGUUGGUGAUCCAUGGUCCAUCUCAAGCCAAAUAUGAUGACAGCACUGCCAAACUUAAUAUAGAUGAAAAACUAAGUUCAGGAUUUGAGUCUAGGCAUCGUGCCGCAGUUUUAAACCAUCUAGAAACCUUGCCUCCUGGCUCCUUGCUCAUCCUUUACAAGUACUGUGAUCAUGAAAAUGCUGCUUACAAGAAAGUGGCACUUGUGUUCACUAUAUUACUCGAGGAUUCAUCACUAGAGCCAGACACUCCUCUUCCAGAGUUGGAAGAAAAAGUCCGAGACUUUCUGUGGAAGCAGUUUAUUCACUCUGGCACCAGUAGAUCACAUCAGGAGAUGGAUAGUGAUAAGCUGGGUGGGGUGUGGAGCCGUAUUUCUCACCUUGUUCUCCCUGUAUUUCCAGUUGAAAGAAUAGAGGCUGGAAACUGUCCUUUCGAUCUUGAAUGA